CAGGCAGAAGCAAACGGCGUCUCGCUCCUCUGAUGCGCCAGAGCUUGAGGGAGGAGAGGGGAAAGCGGAUAGCUGAAGUCGCUUCUCUUUAAAGGUUUACAUUCAAAGGAAUACUGCCGUGAUUCUUCUAAUCUUAUUCACGGAGCAUCAAAUUUUUUACGGGCACACACCGGACCAGGACUUUCCCAGCUACGGCCCCUGCCGUGUUCACGGUGAUGGAAUUCAACCUCUAACCACAAAGGCGUCUGCAGUCCAUCCAUCUCUCCAUCCAUCCCUCUCUCCAUCCCUUCGUCCAUGAGCGGUGUCCCACACCCUGAGGGAGGUGGGAAUCUGAUGAGAGAAGAGGAGAGAAGACACAGGAGCACAGCACACCUGCUAUGGCUAGCGCAGCGGAUGGCUUAGGCCACCUCGGCGGUGAACAUCCAGGCCACCUCGGUAUGCCUGUUUCCCAUGGCGACCACGGCGCCUGGGCCACGGCCAUGAACAACCUGGGCAUCGUACCCAUGGGCCUCACCAGCCAGCAGCUGGUAUCAGACUCGAUCUGUAUCCAAGGCUUUGACCCGGGCCUGGGCCUCAUCGGCCCCAUCAACCCCAUGAUGGCGGGCAUCAGCCUGGUGCCCCCUCCGCCUGUGCCCCACAUGCCCAUCAUUAAGGAGAUCGUCCACUGCAAAAGCUGCACCCUGUUCCCCAACCCCAACCUCCCCCCUCCUUCGACACGUGAGCGCCCCCCGGGAUGUAAAACUGUGUUUGUGGGCGGACUGCCUGAGAACGCCAACGAAGAGAUCGUCAGGGAGGUGUUUGACCAGUGUGGAGAGAUCAUAGCCAUACGCAAGAGCAAGAAGAACUUCUGCCACAUCCGUUACAGCGAGGAGUUCAUGGUGGACAAAGCCCUCUAUCUCUCUGGGUACAGGAUGCGUAUUGGCUCCAGCACUGAUAAGAAGGACUCUGGGAGGAUCCACGUGGACUUCGCCCAGGCUCGGGAUGACCUGUACGAGUGGGAGUGUAAACAGAGGCUGUGCAGGGAGGAGAGGCACCGCCGCAAAAUCCAUGACGACCGCCUCCGACCGCCCUCGCCUCCUCCCAUCAUGCACUUCUCCGAGCACGAGGCAGCCAUGCUGGCGGAGAGGUUGAAAGAUGACCACAAGUUCAGCGAGGCCACGGCGGUCCUCUUCACGUGGAUCGACCGCGGCGAGGUCAACCGCCGAUCAGCCAAUCAUUUCUACUCCAUGAUCCAGUCAGCCAAUAGCCACGUGAGGAGGCUGAUGAGCGAGAAGGCCCAACACGAGGAGGAGAUGGAGCUGGCCAAGGAGAAGUUCAAGAACGCUCUUCUGGCUAUACUCAACCAGUUCGAGCAGAUCACAGCCGUGUUCACCGCCGCCACCCGGCAAAAGGCCUGGGACCAUUUCUCAAAAGCACAGCGCAAGAACAUAGACAUUUGGAAAAAGCAGUGCGAGGAGCUGCGGAACGCCCACAGCGAGGAGAUCAUGGGGAUUCGCCGGGAGGAAGAGAUGGAGAUGUCAGAGGAUGAAUCAGAGGAGAGCCCUUGUAAGAAGACACGCAUGGAGGAAAAUGGUGUGUGUGGUCAGACGCAGGCCUCCCUGAGGGAGGAGAACGACUCCCUGCGCUGGCAGCUGGACGCCUACAGGAACGAAGUGGAGCUACUGAGGAAGGAGCAGGGCAAGGCCUAUCGCCCCGACGACGAGCACGCACACACUCACGAGGGCCAGCUCCAGCUGCUGCAGCAGAGCAUGCACAGCAUGCAGCAGCAACUUUUGAGCCUGCAGGAGCAGCUGAGAUCGAAAGAGGCAGAGCUAGAGCAGGCCAGAGAUGAACAGCGGUACCUAGAGGGAGAAGUCCUGGCUUUCCGAGACAAGCUGUUGAACAAUGGAGAUACAGCGGAGGGCACCAACGGAGAUGUGCCUGAGAAGGGGGUGAAUGGGUGCAUGGCCACUUUGUACCACACCAAGGAGAGGAGGAUGGAAGGAGCCAUGAGAGGAGCAGUGACAUCAGAGAGAGAGGCUCUUCUCCUGGGCAUCGUAUCAACCUUUCUCCACGUCCACCCCUUUGGAGCCAAUAUAGAAUAUCUGUGGUCGUACAUCCAGAGACUAGAUGCCAAGGUGUCGGCGGGCGAGCUGGAGGGUCUUAUGGUGCGUCUGCCCAGCAUGUUCCGUCAGGAGCUCAGCGGCGUGGGCGCCACCCUGGAGAAACGCUGGAAGUUCUGCGGCUUUGAGAGCCUGGGCUCAGCGUGACUUAGGGGCACACGCACACACACGAGGAUCAUGUAGACAACACGCAAGGCCGUCCUGGGGAUGCGCACGGGCGACUGUUUGUGUGUGUGUGUGAGGAGGGGACAUAUGUAGAACACUAACAGCUGAUACAAAGUGUGUUGAACUCAGCUGAUAGAAGGUGUGUCAACCUCAGGCUGACCCAUUGCACUGUGUGUGGGUUUGUCUCUGUGGGCCGCGCAGCCUUGAUGAGCUUUAUUCCUAGGAAAAAAAACUGGAACAGAACUAAACGUAAAGGAUCCCAGAUGGACUUUGUGGAGGAUUUAUAGACACUGAAGAAGAUAGAUCCACUGGAUGAUAUAUCUACUGACAGGAGCAAGCAAUGGCUACCAAGACAAUAACUGGGACCCAGCAUUCCGAACCAGGACAUUUUCUAAUACAAACCUUUCCUCUCCCUCUCCCUCUCCCUCUCCCUCUCUCUCUCUCUCUCUCUCUCUCUCUCUCUCUCUCUCUCUCUCUCUCUCUCUCUUUCUUUCUUACCCCUGCCCCCACACCACCACCUCUCCACCAACCAUCCUCAACGCUACUGGACUGGGCUGUAACUCAUCUGUCAGCAGGUCCAGGAAUGCUGUUCUACUCCGAAAGGUACAACAAGGGGAGUGAGGGUUUAGGAGGGAGAUUAGAGCCGGAUAAGGCCUCCAGCACUAGCCCCUGUGACCCCUCCCCUCCCCCCCCCCCCCCCCAUGGUGCUGAGGAAUUGAAAGCUGAAAAAGAUGGUUUCACACUCAAUAACUCCAGCUCUGGCUCCAGCGCUUCGCUUCUCUCUCUCUUUCUCCCCCGCUCCUGUUUCUCUCUCUUUCUGAGGCCUAGGACUGACUGGGCUCUGUUCACAUAAUCUUUUAAACGGAGGCUCCCUCUCUCCCUCUCUUUGUCUAGUUUCUUGUGUCCUGUAGACUGGUGUUCUCUUCUGCCACAGUAUAUACAGUAUCUACAUAUGUUUCUUUUUUAUCCAAUAAAAAUGUUUUUAUCCAAAUGGGACAGAUUAUUCUGUUACUUUAAAACCAGAUCCUCUGACAAGCUAAGCGUUGAUAUGUUAGAUGAAGGCAAGU